CGCCCACUUUUCCUGACAAGCCAAGAGACGCAGAUUAGAGCUGCUUUCAGUUACAAGCACAGCACACUGGCUGAAUAUCGCAGUCUCAUCAGGCUGCUUUAAUCAGUGAUCUCGAAUUGUUUUGGAGCAGUUUAUAACGGAUUUAGCGUCUCUCUGAGUUCACAUCCUCUCCUCGGAUUUUUUUUAAAUAUAUAUACACCACACAUGAAGAGCUUUUGAGGAAACUCUCCUCCUAUCUGUGGAUUUCCCUCAGUGAUCCGGUAUGAAGCUCCUAGGCUGGGAUGGCUCUGUGGUGCUGAUGUGCUUGUCCUUCACUCUGGUUGGAGUUGACAGCUUAUCAGGCAGUUUGCCUCCUCCAGAAAAUCUCAGCCUGUCAUGGGACCCACGCAAUUUGUCUGUGCAUAUACACUGGAGAGAACCAGCUGGCUUGGACACAAAAUGUAAAGUGAACUAUACUUUAGCAAUAUAUUAUGAGAAAUGUCCUCCCAGACAAAAUACUCCAAAUAUACAUCGAACAAGCGAUUUGAGCUUUAAUCAUCCCUUUUCUAAAGAGGAUGAAAUAUGUGUUGGCCUAACAACAAACCCUAUGGUCUGUGAAAACAAACCUGCCAGCAAAGAAGUAUACAAAGGCCUAUCUCCACCCCUAGCCUUAGUGAAGAAUUUCAGUUGUGUUUAUUAUGCUGAAAAAAAGAUGAACUGCACAUGGACUAUAGUCAAAAAUACCCCCGACCUUCAGCUCUUUUACAGGGAAGUGAAUAAAAACAAAGACAGCCUAAAGCAUUGUUUGUCAUAUCUCACCUAUGGAACCAUGAAGACAGGCUGUCACCUUCAUGAUGAAAACCUUACGACUUCUGCAAAGGUUUACUUUGUCAUCAAUGGAACUGGAGACAAUCACCUGAUUAACAACAGAUUUAUGAUAGAAAUACGUGUCGCAGUGAAACCGCCUAAGCCCAAGGUCAGCAUCACGCAGGAAGGCGAACGCCUCCAUUUUCAAGCAAGCACUCCCAAUUUUGUAGCACCACAAUGUUUGAAGUACAAGUAUAUGUACAGCAAAUGCAAUGAAAAGAGUGAAGUGGUCGAAACAGAAAAAAACUCAACACUUGUGGAAUACGACACAGCCUGCAAGUACGCUGUUCGAGGACAGGUCAUAUACUCAAGCUACUGCGGGGGGGACGUAGACAUUGAGAGUGACAUGAGCGAACCUGUGUAUUAUGGUGAGGAUGGUGACCCAAAUUUGGCAUUUAAAGUGGUUAUGAUCAUCACCCCUUUAAUAGUGUGCUGCUGUCUCAUAGCAGCUAUAGUGCUGUUUAGGAGAAACAAGGAUAUCAUUCUCCCAAAGAUUCCUGAACCAUCCCUGUUUUUCAAGGAUAUGCUUAACAGUACUUCUGAUGGACUUUCAAAGAGCCUGGGUGGAGGAAAACUCUAUGUGCCUGUUAAAGAGGUUGUGGUUAGCGGCGUGAGCCUGGAACCAAAGUCUAUUCUUUUACACCCAAACCAUGAUACCUGCAUCUAAACUACAUAAUGCUGUGCUCUGAAAAUGGCCAGUAGUGGACUAACAGUGACAAAGUCUGGCUCUGAUAUCUAGCAGCUUAAUCUUAAAUCUAUGCGCAACACUGUUGCCUUUUAAGAGCUACUUAGUUCUGUGCAUUCCUUCAUUCUUCAGGCUAGGUAAAGGACUGUCUUGCAUUCACAAUUGUAUUAGAUAGAUUGUGAUGUACUCAGUGGCCAUCUGAGUUCAUGUAUGAAUGAGGAAAUCAUGGUGACAUCUCUUCACAAGCUCAGCAAAGCCAGACCACAGGCCCUGGGAUCUGCUGAGUCCCGAAAAUAUUCAGUAAAGAAAGAGAACGAUGAUGUGCUUGCAAACAGCAUUACUCAGGAGUAUAGCUAUAUUUCCCCACUUGGGUAAUAAUGCAAAUGGAAACGGGUAACCUUGUAAAUAAAAGGACACUUAACAUAGACAUUUAGCCAUCUUUUAUCAUCUGUACCUCUUCUGUACAUCAGUGGCAAUUUCAAUCUAAUAUUAUAUGGCUGUAUAGUGUUCAUAGGAAUAUUUGUAAAUAUUGACAUACAGAAAGGUUUUCUACAUAGUUUGCUCUGUAAAUAAAAAGAACAUGGUUAACUAUG